AUGACGGUGGAACUCCCGAUCCCCGAUACACGCGUCCUGGCCGUCGCCAGUCAUGCGCCCCAUGUGCGCCAGGCGUGCCGACAGGCAGAGUGGUGUAUCGCGGGUCUGACAGCCUCCCGCAGAAAUGUAGGAAACAAAAUUGCCGUCUUCACACUGCAGUCCCUCGGCUGCGACGUCGCGGCUCUCAACACCGUCCAAUUCAGGUACAGACAAUGGAAGGGGACAAGAGUGUCCGCCCAGGAGAUCCGGGACCUCUUUGAAGGGCUCAAGCAGUCGUACCUGGACGACUUUGACAUGAUGCUCUCGGGCUACAUCCCCGGCGCCGAGGCCGUCGUGGCCGUGGGCGAUAUCGCAAAGGAGCUCAAGCGGAAGCAGGCCGCUGCGGGAACGCCGGGCGGCUUCUUCUGGGUCCUGGACCCCGUCAUGGGCGACAACGGGAAGCUGUACGUCGCCGAGGAGGUAGUGCCCGCGUAUCAGAGCCUCGUCGAGCACGCCGAUUUGAUUCUCCCCAACCAGUUUGAGGCCGAGCUCCUCUCGGGCGUCAAAAUCACCGACAUGCAGACGCUCCAAACCGCCAUUCGCGCCCUGCACACAAAGUACCGCAUCCCCCACGUCGUAAUCACCUCCGUCUCCCUCACCUCACCCGACCACCCGCCCUCCCACCUCUCCGUCGUCGGCUCCAGCAUGUCGCCCUCCACCGGCGAGCCGCGCCUCUUCAAGAUUGUCUUCCCCGCCAUCGACGCCUACUUCUCCGGCACGGGCGACAUGUUUGCCGCCCUCAUGACGGUGCGCAUGCGCGAGGCCGUCAUCGCCGCCAGCGCCAGCGCCAGCGCUCACAGAGAGGGUCAGCAGCAGCAGCUCAAGGACCGCGAAUCCUGGCUCAGCGGCGACGAGGUUGACGCGCUGGAUCUGCCUCUCGCCAAGGCGGCGGAGAUGGUGCUGGCGAGCAUGCACGAGGUCCUCACGCAGACGGCGCGCGGGAUGCAGGAGGCCGUCGCGGCCGCCGGCGGGGAUGCCUUGGCGGAGACGGAGGAAGGGAGGACGAAGCUUCACCUGCUCAAGAGCAAGAGCGCCGAGCUGAAGCUCGUGAGGAACCUUGCGAGCUUGCGGGAGCCGACUGUGGAGUUGAGGGCGCGGAGGUUGUAG